AUGAAUUCAUCUAAGAUAUCCCAAACAAAUCUCUUCUUGUCUUUCUUCUUUUUCUUCCUCUUUCUCCUUUUGUUCUUUCUCUUUCUUUUUCUCCUUUUCCUCUUUCUCUUUCUAAUUUUAUUCUUCUCCUUUUUCUCUUUCUCUUUCUCCUUUUCUUCCUUCGCUUUCUCCUUUUCCUUUUUCUUCUUUUUCCUCUUACUCUUUCUCCUUUUCCUCUUUCUCUUUCUCCUUUUCCUCUUUUCCUCUUACUCUUUCUCCUUUUCCUCUUUCUCUUUCUCCUUUUCCUCUUACUCUUUCUCCUUUUCUUCUUUUGCUUUCUUUUUUCUUCUUUCUCUUUCUUCUUUCUUCUUUCUCUUACUCCUUUUCCUCUUUCUCUUUCUUUUUAUCCUUUUCCUCUUUUCCUCUUUCUCUUUCGCCUUUUCCUCUUUCUCUUUCACCUUUUCCUCUUUCUCUUUUUCUUUUUUCUCUUUCUCUUUCUUCUUUCCUUCUUUCUCCUCCUCCUUCUCCGCUUUCUCUGUCUCCUUUCUUCUUUCUUUUCUCUUUCUCCUUUUCCUCUUUCUUUUUCUCCUUUUCCUCUUUUCCUCUUUCACUUUCUUCUUUUCUUCUUUCUCUUUCACCUUUUCCUCUUUCACCUUUCCUUCUUUCUCUUUCACCUUUUCCUCUUUUCCUCUUUCUCUUUCACCUUUUCUUCUUUCUCUUUCUCCUUUCCUUGUUUCUCUUUCACCUUUUCCUCCUUUCCUCUUUCUCUUCCGCCUUUUCCUCUUCCUCAGUCUCCUUUCGUCUUUCUGUUUCUUCUUUUCCUCUUUCUCUUACCACCUUUUCUUGUUUCUCUUUCUCCUUUUCUUUCUCUUUCCCCUUUUUUCUUUCUCCUUUUCCUCAUUCUCUGUCUCCUUUUUUCUUUCUUUUUCUCUUUCUCCUUUUCCUCUUUCUCUUUUUUCUCUUUCUCCUUUUCCUCUUUCUCUUUCUCCUUUCCUUCUUUUUCCUCCUCCUUUUCCGCUUUCUCUGUCUCCUUUCUUCUUUCUUUUCUCUUUCUCCUUUUCCUCUUACUCUUUCCUUUUUUCUUUCUCUUUCUCUUUCUCCUUUUCCUCUUUCUCUUUCUCCUUUCCUUCUUCUCCUCCUCCUUUUCCGCUUUCUCUUUCUCCUUUCUCUUUUCUCUUUCUCCUUUUCUCUUUCCUUUCUCUUUCCUCUUUCCUUUCUCCUUUCCUCUUUUCUCCUCCUCCUUUUCCUUUUUCUGUCUCUUUCUUCUUCUUUUCUUUUCUCCUUUUCCUCUUACUCUUUCUCCUUUUCCUCUUUCUCUUUCUCUUUCUCCUUUUCCUCUUUCUCUUUCUCCUUUCCUUCUUUCUCCUCCUCCUUUUCCGCUUUCUCUGUCUCCUUUCUUCUUUCUUUUUCUCUUUCUCCUUUUCCUCUUACUCUUUCUCCUUUUCCUCUUUCUCUUUCUCUUUCUCCUUUUCCUCUUUCUCUUUCUCCUUUCCUUCUUUCUCCUCCUCCUUUUCCGCUUUCUCUGUCUCCUUUCUUCUUUUUUUCUCUUUCUCUUUUUCCUCUUUCUUUUUCUCCUUUUCCUCUUUCUCUUUCUCUUUCUUCUUUCCUUCUUUCUCUUUCUCCUUUCCUUCUUUCUCCUCCUCCUUUUCCGCUUUCUCUGUCUCCUUUCUUCUUUCUUUUUCUCCUUUUCCUCUUUCACUUUCUUCUUUUCCUCUUUCUCUUUCACCUUUCCUUCUUUCUCUUUCACCUUUUCCUCUUUCUCUUUCUCCUUUCCUUCUUUUUUCUUUUUCCUUUUUCACUUUCCGUUUUUCUUCUUUCUCUUUCCCCUUUUUUCUUUCUCCUUUUCCUUUUUCACUUUCCCUUUUUCUUCUUUCUCUUUCCCCUUUUUUCUUUCUCCUUUUCCUCUUUCUCUGUCUCCUUUCUUCUUUCUUUUUCUCUUUCUCCUUUUCCUCUUUCUCUUUCUCCUUUUCUUCUUUCUCUUUCUCCUUUUCCUCUUUCUAUUUCUCCUUUUCCUCUUUCUCUUUCUCCUUUUCCUCUUUCUCCUUUCUUCUUUCUCUUCUUCCUUUUCCUCUUUCUCUUUCUCCUUUUCUUCUUUCUCUUUCUCCUUUUCCUCUUUCUAUUUCUCUUUCUCUUUCUCCUUUUCCUCUUUCUCCUUUCUUCUUUCUCUUCUUCCUUUUCCUCUUUCUCUUUCUUCUUCUCUUCUUUUUUCUUUUUCAUUCUCUUUUAUUUUUCUCCUCUUUCUCUUUUUUCUCAUUCUUUCUCCACUUCUCAUACUACUCUUUCUCUUUUUUCUUCUUCUUUUCUCGUCUUCCUCUUUUUUCUUCUUCUCGUCUUCUUUUUAUUCUUCUCGUAUUUCACAUUCUCUUCUUCUUAAUAUUAUUAUUAUUAUUUUCCUACUCCUCCUACCUUUUUUAA